GAAAGAGGCGCAACAGAAGUGUGCAUAGAUUUCCCCUCGUGCCAGUGCGUGCAUGUGUCAGGAUAUUCGUAGUAAUGUUGCAGAGCUGUGACACCGAGACACAACCUCUUUACGUAACAAGUCAUCUUUAUUAAGUGGGAUUGUCUGCGAUUACAGUAACAAGUUGUUUGUUUGGUUGAUAAACAUAUUUCGGCUGCGUGAUUUCCUCCGGACUAAGUUCGCAGUGCUAUCAUGGACAUGUUCAUAACGAUAUACAUAAACAUAUUUGUGAAAUAUAUAUUCGUGCAUGAAGGGAGGCUCUGUGAUCACUUACGUUUCAGUGUAGUAGAACUUAACAGAUCUAAGUGACAUACUCGAGACCAAUGAGAGGUGAAGUUUCGAGUGACGUGAUGGUGGUAUAAAGAAAAUAUAUAUCCGGAGUGAAAGAAAUAUUGCAUCCGUGGUUGCAGUUGGUUCGGAAACUGGGAGACUAUGUUUGCUAUCGACAAGAUGCCAAUAAUACAUAUGCAACGCAGAAAUUCGCAGUUUCAGCGCAAAGUAUCUAUUCGCAUAGGCGAACGAGCGAACUAUGUCAACAGUCCUCAUGUCAUUGCUAUGGUUGGCCUCCCAGCCCGAGGCAAGACAUAUAUUUCCAAGAAACUCUCCAGGUAUCUCAAUUGGAUUGGCAUUAACACGAAAGUGUUCAAUCUGGGUGAAUACAGACGACAUGCAACCUCUGCAUAUAAAAGUCACGAAUUCUUCAGGCCGGACAACAGAGAGGCCAUGGCCAUCCGGACGCAGUGUGCCAUUGAUGCUCUGCACGAUGUGUGCUCCUGGCUAGAAAAUGGUGGUGAGGUUGCGGUGUUUGAUGCCACCAAUUCAACAUGGGAUCGCCGGCAAAUGAUUAAGGAGAUUGUUGUGAAUAAGAUGGGAUUCAAGCUUUUCUUUGUAGAGUCAGUCUGUGAUGAUCCACAGAUCAUAGAACAGAACAUUAUGGAAGUGAAAGUGAACAGCCCUGAUUAUAAGAACAUGAACACAGAAAUGGCACUCAGGGACUUCCUACAGAGGAUUGAACACUAUCAGGAGAAGUACAUGGCUUUGGAUGAGAAGCAAGAAUCAGAUCUGAGCUUUAUGAAAAUAUACAACACAGGCGAGAAGGUAGUGGUACACAAGCAUGAGGGACAUAUCCAGAGUCGUAUUGUCUACUACCUGAUGAAUAUUCACAUUACACCUCGUACAAUCUAUCUGUCAAGGCAUGGUGAGAGUGACAUGAAUGUUGAUGGACGUAUUGGAGGAGACUCAGAUCUCUCUUAUCGAGGGAAGUUAUAUGCAACUGCACUAGCGAACUACAUUCAGCAACAAGAAAUAACAGGACUUAGAGUGUGGACGUCAUGGCUCAAGAGAACCAUUCAGACCGUAGCAACAAUUCCAGCACCGCAGGAACGCUGGAAAGCUCUCAAUGAAAUAGAUGCUGGAAUCUGUGAAGAGAUGACAUAUGAAGAGAUUGCUGAAAAGUAUCCUGAAGACUUCACAGCACGUGACCAGAGCAAGUUUACAUACCGAUAUCCUCGUGGCGAGAGUUACGAAGAUCUGGUAGCACGAUUAGAGCCUGUGAUAAUGGAACUGGAACGUCAGGGUAAUGUCCUUGUAGUGAGUCACCAGGCAGUCAUCAGAUGUCUGUUGGCAUACUUCCUGGACAAAUCUGCAGAUGAACUGCCAUAUCUGUAUGUGCCGCUUCAUACAAUCAUCAAAUUGACACCAGUGGCAUAUGGUUGUAAAGUGGAACACAUCAAACUUCCCAUCGAUUGCGUUGACACACACCGCCCCAAACCGAAGGAUGAGGAAGAUCCAUGCAACCAUGAAGAGCCGCAUGAAAAUGGCGGCCAGGAGUUAUGUGAUUACGACUCCCAGUAUCUGUUUGCAAAUCCACACAAGUUUCUUUAAAUUGGGGAAAGUAUCACUUUUCUAAGAACAGAGAGUAGAUAUACCCAUCUAUUAACUUUUAUAACAUGAGUAGGUAAAUGGGGCAGGAAAUACAUUAUAAGUAUAGUUUUACUAAAAAGUUAAAUCAUUGUUGAAUAUAAACAUUAUGGCUCACUAUAGAAAAAACUUAAGCUGAAAGUGGAUUUCACUUACGGUGUGAAAAAUUAGCAAGAAACACUUCUGGUUGAAUUUGAAUGCUAGGACUCCGAAACGUGGCUUCUCCAUGGAAAUUCCAUCAUUGUGGUAUACUUCAAAUUAGCUAGGCUAAUGGAGGUUAGCUGAAGCACUGAUAAAAUAAAAACUUCUGGUUAUUAAAAUUUACUUAAUUCUCAGCCUACAAACAUGUUUCUUCACUUAUGACAGUUUCACAGUCAAAUGUUGUUGACCGAAGUACAGUAGUGGUAAAAAUUGGGCCAUAGUGUGGCAGAUUCCAUCUUUACCUACCUCUUUCACUUUCCACAACUUCUCAUUAUCAAGUUCUGGAAGGUGAAGGAUUACAUUUGCAGGGUUAUUGAUCUUCAACAAAUUCAACAAGAAAUUAAAAUGAAGAGUGAAAGAUAAUUUGUGCAUGGAUAAUCAUUGUACAGAUAUUUGGGAGUAUACCAUAAUCAUUUUGUGUGAAUUCUUAGUCUAUCCCUGUAAUAUGCAGACACUCUUUAUAGUCAAAAGCAGUGGUUCUUGAAUUUUUGAUUCACGGGAACGUAAGUUGAAAUUUAAGAAUUCUCAGCUUGGUACUUAUUUUAAUAAAUAAAUAUACAUAACAUUACUGGGAGAAAACUGUAGAUAUGUGAAUAUAGUCUUGCUUCAUGAGUUAUUCAAACUCAAGUCCCACAUUUCAUGGCAUCCGUCAUGUUUGUAUUUGUUAUUCUUGUGUAUUUGCACAAAAGACUGACUGAUUAGUUCAGACAUAUGAAUCACAACUCUCAGUGUAUGUCUUAUUUCUGAUAAGUGCUUUUGGGAUGCUGUUGAUAUAGAGACUUAGUACAGUAGCGCCUUACUGGAUUUGUUGUUGUUUAGGACAUUUUUGAAUGUUGCAGUGUAAGGUAGGUGGCAUGCGUUAAGUUUACUCUUGUACCCAAAGAACUUUAGGACUGCUGCUAUAGACGUGUGGCAAAGUCAAGGUAUGUGGGUGACAAGAUAUCUGCAAAGUUAGUGCAUGGAUGCUUGUAUGUCUGAAUGUAAAUAUGUGAAUAAUCAGAACACAUUUAAAAACCCAAAAGAACAUAUUUAUGUAGUUGUUAAAAAUUAUUAUAUACUUUGCUCUCUGUAUUUAUCAAGUUAAUGAGGCACUAAUCCCUUAUAAUACAUAAAGUGAACUUGGUACCCAAAACUUACAAGAUUGUAUUUAUAAAGAAAGGUUUGUUUGUAUCUGUGGCAGACGUUUUCACAUGAAAACAACAAAACCAGGUGCAAAACUUUGUUCUUUUGAAUCACCAAUUUGACAAAUUGUGGGAAUAUUGUCCAUGUCCUUCCUAGACAGAUUCACACAUGUGAACGACACAGCAUAGAGUGGUGUAUAUGAGGCUCCCUACUCUUAAAAAUAUUCUCUGUCACUGUCCAUCUAGAAGUAGUCAUGUUAUUAUCAGUGACAUCAUUAUGUGAACAUUCUCAUAAAUAUUUAUUAAUACCUUAUAUAUAUAUAUAGAACCUGUUCAUGUGUGAAGAGUAUGAUGAGCAUGGAACAGAAUAUUUAAUAAACUAGAGAGAUGAACUCUUAAAGUGUGCAUGCCUGCCAUGAGCAGUCGUCAGUCACAGAAAGAAAGUUAGAAAUUCUAGAUUACCGCUGUUGUGUCCUUACCUUUAUAAUCUUUUUUUUUAUGAGGAACUUACUAUGUAUUCAUAAAGUAGAUGAAAUGUACCGUAUCUUUUGUACAGUUACAAAACUAAGGAAAAUAAGAGCACUGUCUUCUGCAGUUUGAUGCUAUGUAGCCUGUUGGAACCAACAAAGCCCAUAAACUUUUAAUCAAUUUCUUUUAUUUAUUUAUUUUCAUGAAAUUUUGCUUAUGAUGAUUAGUUGGAGUCACAGUUUUAUGUGAUACUGACUCUGCAAGAAUAUAGCAUCAAAUAAGAUGAAAUAGGUUUUCGUUCUGAUGCCAUGUAGCCUGGAAGAACCAACAAUACACAGACUUUUAAUGAAUUUCUUUUAUUUAUUGUUAUGACGUUUUAUUUGUAAUUAUUAUUUGGGGUCACAGUUUUAUGUGGUACUGAUUAUGUAAGAUAUGCUUGCAAAUAAGAUUAAAUAGUAUGAAAAAUUUAAAUAGUUCCAUCGAGUGUGACUGG